AGCGAGUUGACGAGAUUGGUUUGAUCGUUUAUAACACAACCUUGGGAUUUGGGACACACCUGGCAGUACAACUGACCCACGUCGAGGUCGAGUCUAUCUUCAUACAUCAUCCUGUUUGCAGUUCCAUCUAGCGAUAUCUAGCAAGCUAGCAGUCAGAACAUACGCCUUAUCCACCACUUCAAAGACCGAACGAACGAAACGCACGAAAUCAUGUCCCAGCAACAGCCCAUUGAAGUCUUGAUGUGUGGUACUGGAGAGUACACUACCGGAUGGACCGGCUCGGGUGGUUCUCAGUCCGACAAGAAGAUCGGAGUCGUCGGACUCGUCUGCUUCGACCUUCGUCGAAGGGGGAUCGUCGGCAAGCUCAACAUGGUCGGUACUUCCGGUGGUAAAUUCCCUCAGAUCAGGGAACACCUGCAAAAGAACAUCGGGGACGUCUAUGGCAUGGACACUUCGUUCACGGCCUAUCCCGAGGGCGAUAAGCGGGAUGCCGAGGCUUACAAGGGGGCUAUCGAGAAGCUCCCCAAGGGAUCUAUCGUCAUCAUCUUUACCCCCGACUCGACUCACUACCCGAUCGCCAAGUACGCCCUCGAAAGGGAUCACCACGUCAUGGUCACCAAGCCCGCCACUCAGCUGUUGGAGCAUCAUCAGGAGUUGAGCAAGCUGGCCGCUGAGCGAGGACUGGUCUGCUGGGUCGAACACCACAAGCGAUUCGACCCCGUCUACUCGGACGCCAAGAUGAGGUCCAAGGAUAUCGGCGACUUCUCCUUCUUCAACAGUUACAUGUCUCAACCCAAGAGUCAGCUGCAGACUUUCAGCGCAUGGGCCGGUGUGGACUCGGAUAUCAGUUACUACUUAAACUCUCACCACAUCGAUGUCCACGCCUGGUUGGUCGAGGGACUCUACAAGCCCGUCAAGGUCACCGCCUCGGCGUCGACCGGGAUUGCCACGCAGGAACCUUACAACUGUGCCCCUCAGACCGAGGAUACCAUUACCCUGUUGACCGAGUGGGAGAGCUUGAAGCAGCCGGGCAGGAAGGGAACCGCGGUCUACACGGCCAGUUGGACCGCUCCGCAAAAGUCGGGCGUGCAUUCGGAACAGUACUGGAACAUGGUGUGCUCCAAGGGAGAAGUUGUCGUCAACCAGGCUCGACGAGGCUACGAGAUCGGGACCGACGAGGGUGGCCGAACCGCUUACAACCCCUUCUACAUGAAGUAUUCGCCCGCCGCCGACGGUUCCUUUGACGGUCAGAGGGGAUACGGAUACGUCAGUCUCAGCACCUGGGUCGAAGCCUGCAUCAAGGUCAACAAGGGCGAAGCCAAGCCUGAAGACUUUGACAAUUACGGUCUCCCGACUAUCAAGAACACGAUCGUCACUACGGCCAUUAUCAGGGCUGGACGAGUCUCGCUCGACGAGAAGAGGAGCGUCGUCAUCAACGUCGACUCGAACGGCGCUUACUCGCUACAAUAGAGGGUUUCCAGAUAGGUUAUCAACUGCAUCGACAAAACAUGUGUAUAGAACGUGUAUCAACAUUGAAUAACAUCGGUCAGA